AUGUCCUGUCUAACGAGCGUUCUGCAGCUGCUGCAAUUUCUGACAACGCUCUCGGGUUGCAAUAUUUACAGAUAUGUCGAAGACAGGCGGAUAUUCAGACUGAGCCCGAAGAUUAAUUUUCUAGUCGGGGCGAUGCACAGAUUCUGGUUGAGACCCUGGCUGCUGGUGAUAUUCCUGAUGCACUCAAUUUUCUGGUUGGUGGAGUUCAUUGGCGUAAUGUCAGAUCCCAAGCCUGGAAGCGAACGGCCUCUGAAUCUUAUUUACAGAAUAGGAAUGACCAUCGCCUCGAACCAGAACUUUUGCAUCAGCAUUGGAAUUGCCUAUCACUACAGGUAUCAUCGUAACCUGAUGCGGCAGGUCCUUAAUGGGUUCUCUAGAAUCUAUUAUAGCUAUGAGAAAAUCUGUGGACGUGCGCCGAAAAUUAACUGGUGUUUUUUCGUCAUCCAAACGUACAGAGUGUCGAUCGCUACCUUUGUGCCGCGAAAAACUUCGCUUAUUGCUUUUCACUUUGGAUCGAAGCUGGACAUAGUUCUACAUCAAUUCAAAUGGCUUUUCAUUUUCAUUCAGCCGCUACUACUGUCCAUCGCUGCCCAUUUGGGCAUCUUGAUUCUAUAUGCCUGCUAUGAUAUCCAUGUGCAACCAAACAGAAAUCGAAAAUCAUUCCAGCUCCAUGUUUUCCAACGAAACCUGAUCAGACUUAGGCACAAUUUUGAUUGUCUGGCCCGGCCUUUUGUGUGGACGGUUUUCCUGGAGAGUUUCAUACUCUUCAUAGGAAACUUCCAUUUGAACCUGUACGAUAAGCAGUCUGUACGUCACCUUGGGGAGAGUCUGUUGACCACUUUCGUUUUUCCUAUUACCCUACUCCAUGUCAAUGUGGCCAUCAAGUCCGCCGAGAAAACAUUCGGCCAACUUAAAGCCAACUUCAGGACACAGCGACAGACACAAAUGCUGUGGCUUUACAGAGAGGUAAUGGAAGCAACAGCUGAUAGAAAUAAUGUAUUUUGUCUGGAUCGGGGACUUAUUUUGGAAAUGCUUAGACUUGGAUGGAUUUUCUCCAUGUUUACAAAUAGCGUAUUGCUCAACAGUACUGCAGCACUUAAGCACUUUGAGACUGUUAAUCAUAAAAAACUAUUGUAG